ACACUCUUGCUCAGCUGUCAUUGUUGACAUUUCAUUUUGACAUUUCUUUGAGUGCCGCUUCUGUGCCACCAAUUGAGUCGCGUUUUCUUAAUUUGUGAAAUAUUUCGAGGAAAAUAAUAUUUUUAAACUUCAUAAUAUUUUUAUAGAAAGUAAAUAUACUUGCAUUAGCCGCACAGAAGUGCUUUGCAAGCCGACAAAAUGAUGUACGAAGAAGAUGAAAUGUACGAGGAGGAGAAUGCGGAGGAAAUCUCCCAUGAAUUGUGGCAGGAGGCUUGUUGGAUCGUAAUUAACGCAUAUUUCGAUGAAAAAGGUUUGGUGCGUCAACAGCUGGACAGUUUCGAUGAAUUUAUACAAAUGUCGGUACAGCGUAUUGUGGAAGACUCGCCGGCAAUCGAUUUACAAGCGGAGGCGCAACAUACAUCUGGCGAAAUAGAGACUCCCCCGCGUUUUCUACUCAAAUUUGAGCAAAUUUAUCUUUCAAAACCCACACAUUGGGAGAAAGAUGGUUCGCCAAGUCCUAUGAUGCCGAACGAAGCACGUUUGCGCAAUCUAACAUAUUCUGCGCCACUAUAUGUGGAUAUAACAAAAACAAAAAUCGUAGAAGGUGCCGAUCCAGUUGAAACGCAGCAUCAGAAAACUUUUAUUGGGAAAAUUCCUAUUAUGUUGCGUUCAACAUACUGUCUGCUGUCACAACUAACAGAUCGUGAUUUAACAGAAUUAAAUGAAUGUCCAUUGGAUCCCGGCGGUUAUUUCAUUAUUAACGGCUCGGAAAAAGUACUGAUCGCUCAAGAGAAAAUGGCUACAAAUACUGUAUAUGUAUUCAGCAUGAAAGAUGGCAAAUACGCAUUCAAAUCUGAAAUUCGUUCUUGUCUUGAACACAGCUCCAGACCAACUUCAACGCUUUGGGUGAAUAUGAUGGCGCGUGGUUCACAAAACAUCAAAAAAUCAGCUAUUGGUCAGCGUAUAAUUGCCAUUUUGCCGUAUAUCAAGCAGGAGAUACCAAUUAUGAUUGUAUUUCGGGCUUUGGGCUUUGUGGCAGACAGAGAUAUUUUAGAGCAUAUCAUUUACGAUUUUGAUGAUCCUGAAAUGAUGGAAAUGGUUAAACCAUCACUUGAUGAAGCUUUCGUCGUUCAAGAGCAAAAUGUUGCCUUGAAUUUCAUUGGUGCGCGUGGUGCACGACCAGGUGUAACAAAAGAUAAACGUAUUAAAUACGCAAAGGAAAUUUUACAAAAAGAAAUGUUGCCACAUGUAGGCGUCUCCGAUUUUUGCGAAACAAAGAAGGCAUACUUUCUGGGUUACAUGGUUCAUCGCCUGCUGCUUGCUUCGCUCGGUCGUCGAGAAUUAGAUGAUCGGGAUCACUACGGUAACAAACGUUUGGAUCUCGCCGGUCCACUACUGGCUUUCCUCUUCCGUGGCCUCUUUAAAAACUUAAUGAAAGAAGUACGGAUGUACACACAGAAGUUCAUCGACCGUGGAAAGGACUUCAACUUGGAAUUGGCCAUUAAAACGAACAUCAUUACUGAUGGUUUGCGUUACUCUUUGGCCACAGGCAAUUGGGGUGAUCAGAAGAAGGCACAUCAAGCCCGUGCAGGCGUAUCUCAGGUGUUGAAUCGUCUAACCUUUGCUUCAACCUUAUCGCAUUUACGUCGCGUCAACUCGCCAAUCGGUCGCGAUGGUAAAUUGGCCAAACCACGUCAAUUGCACAAUACACUUUGGGGCAUGUUGUGUCCAGCCGAGACACCAGAAGGUGCUGCUGUAGGUCUGGUAAAGAACUUGGCUCUUAUGGCAUAUAUUUCGGUCGGCUCGCAGCCUUCCCCGAUUUUGGAGUUCUUGGAAGAGUGGUCUAUGGAAAAUUUAGAAGAAAUUGCACCAUCAGCCAUUGCAGAUGCAACUAAGAUUUUCGUCAAUGGCUGUUGGGUUGGCAUACAUCGAGAUCCUGAACAAUUGAUGGCAACCCUUCGGAAAUUGCGCCGUCAAAUGGAUAUCAUUGUCUCGGAGGUAUCUAUGAUUCGUGAUAUCCGCGAUCGUGAAAUUAGAAUUUACACUGAUGCUGGACGCAUUUGUCGUCCGCUGUUGAUUGUUGAGAAUGGUUCACUGCUAUUGAAGAAAACUCAUGUGGACAUGUUAAAGGAACGUGAUUACAAUAACUAUAGCUGGCAAGUAUUAGUCGCAUCCGGCGUAGUGGAGUACAUUGAUACAUUGGAAGAAGAGACUGUGAUGAUAGCAAUGUCACCGUACGAUUUGAAGCAGGACAAGGAUUACGCAUAUUGUACCACAUAUACGCAUUGUGAAAUUCACCCAGCUAUGAUUUUAGGCGUUUGCGCCUCCAUUAUUCCAUUCCCCGAUCACAACCAGAGUCCACGUAACACCUAUCAAAGCGCUAUGGGUAAACAAGCUAUGGGUGUCUACAUUACCAAUUUCCAUGUGCGGAUGGACACUUUGGCUCAUGUGCUCUACUAUCCUAUGAAGCCUUUGGUCACAACACGUUCUAUGGAGUAUCUACGUUUCAGAGAACUGCCAGCUGGCAUUAACUCAAUUGUAGCCAUUUUAUGUUACACUGGAUACAACCAAGAAGAUUCUGUUAUCUUGAAUGCAUCGGCUGUGGAACGUGGAUUCUUCCGCUCUGUUUUCUACCGUUCAUAUAAGGACUCAGAAAAUAAACGUAUUGGCGAUCAAGAAGAAAACUUUGAAAAGCCCAAUCGUCAAACUUGUCAGGGCAUGCGUAAUGCUCACUACGACAAGUUAGAUGAUGACGGUAUAAUUGCACCUGGCAUUCGUGUAUCAGGCGACGACGUGGUUAUCGGCAAAACUAUAACUUUGCCCGAAAAUGAUGAUGAGCUUGACAGCACCACAAAACGCUUUACCAAGCGAGACGCAUCUACCUUCCUACGUAAUUCCGAAACUGGUAUUGUAGAUCAGGUGAUGUUGACGCUUAAUAGCGAGGGUUACAAGUUCUGUAAGAUUCGUGUGCGCUCGGUGCGUAUACCACAAAUUGGUGACAAGUUUGCUUCACGUCACGGACAAAAGGGUACAUGUGGUAUCCAAUAUCGACAGGAAGAUAUGGCCUUCACAUGCGAGGGCUUGGCACCAGAUAUUAUUAUUAACCCUCACGCUAUUCCAUCUCGUAUGACAAUUGGCCAUUUAAUCGAGUGUCUACAAGGAAAAUUGGGUUCCAACAAGGGUGAAAUCGGUGAUGCUACGCCCUUCAAUGACGCAGUAAACGUACAAAAAAUCUCUACUUUCCUACAAGAGUACGGCUAUCAUUUGCGUGGCAAUGAAGUAAUGUACAAUGGACAUACCGGACGCAAAAUCAAUGCCCAAGUCUUCUUGGGGCCCACAUAUUAUCAACGUUUAAAGCACAUGGUGGAUGACAAAAUUCACUCGCGAGCUCGUGGACCCGUACAGAUUUUGGUGCGCCAACCUAUGGAGGGUAGGGCACGUGACGGCGGUCUACGUUUCGGCGAGAUGGAACGUGAUUGCCAAAUUUCUCAUGGCGCUGCACAAUUUCUUCGUGAACGUCUCUUCGAAGUUUCCGAUCCAUAUCGUAUACACGUUUGUAAUUUCUGUGGUCUUAUCGCUAUAGCCAAUUUGCGUAAUAAUACAUUUGAAUGCAAAGGCUGCAAGAACAAAACUCAAAUAUCACAAGUGCGUUUGCCGUAUGCCGCAAAGUUACUUUUCCAGGAGCUAAUGUCCAUGAAUAUCGCGCCACGUUUGAUGGUUGUCCAGUAAUAAGCGAACGGUCAUUUACACUAUUAUCAUAUUUUAUACUUGUAUUCGAAAUUCUUCAUGGAAUUACAUUCAAUAAAGUAAAAAAAAAUAUUAAUUAAGUAAA